AUGGCGAUCGCCUUGAACUCGUCAUCUUCGUCACUCUUUUGUUGGACAACCAACCUCUCCAGCGUCGCCAAGUGUUGGGUUGAGCUGAGGCUGAGAAGUUUUUCAAGAGAAUUACGUAUUUGUCAGAAUUUGCUGUGCAUCGGGAUUUUGGAACUGUUACUACUCUCCUUUCCAUCGAGGUUCCUUUUGAGUUUAUCCAACAGAGUGCCUUAUAAUCUGAAAUCUCUGUCAACUGGCAGCUUCUCUGAUUCAGUUAGACGCCACUCCUCUGUUUUACAAUGGAAUCUUGAUGUUGCUACUCAGCUUGUUGUUGCAUCAGAUGAGGAUGGUUCACCAGCUUUAAAGCUUUGGGAUAUGCAAAAUAUAAUGUCACCAGUUAGAGAGUUUGUUGGGCACACCAAAGUUUUGGUUGCUGAAAUAUUAUGUUUGAAAAGCAUAAUUUUGGUGUUGAUGAUGAUGGGUUGCAUGUUGAGUAAUUUGAUGAUUGUGUUGGGUGAGUUCAUGCCCUUGAACAUGAAGUUUGAUGAGUUUGAGCAUGAUUUUGCUAUGUUUCUCAAUCUGGAUUUUUGGAUUGUGUUGGGUGAGCUCAUGCCCUUGAACAUGAAGUUUGAUGAGUUUGAGCAUGAUUUUGCUAUGUUUCUCAAUCUGGAUUUUUGGUUUGCUGCUGGUUUUCUGGGUUCUGCACACAGAUGCCGCGGCAUGCUCUGGAGCAUGCCGCGGCCCGCUCCUUUGAGUGAACCUGGGAAUUUUUCCCAGGUGUCGCGGCAUGGUCUGGAGCAUGCCACGGCCCGCCCUCGUGUUUUUGGGCAAACAGUUCACAAAACAGAAUUGAUGUACCUGAAGCAAAACCUUGUACCUAUAUCAAUAUCUGAUAUGGUUGUUCUCAUAGUUUAUAAGGGUGUUCUACCAGAUGGGAAGGUUGUUGCAGUAAAAAUGCUUUUCUUCAAUACAAGACAAUGGGUGGAUCAUUUCUUCAAUGAAGUGAAUUUGAUAAGCGGAAUUCUACACAAAAAUCUGGUGGAGCUGCUGGGAUGCAACAUUACAGGCCCUGAGAGUCUUCUUCUGUGGGAGUCGAGGUAUAAGAUCAUAUUGGGUGUAGCUGCUGAGGGUCUUGCUUAUCUUCAUGAAGAAUCAAAUUUGAGAAUCAUUCACAGAGAUAUAAAACUAAACAACAUUAUGCUUGAUGAAGAUUUGACAAGAAAAAUAACUGACUUUGGAGUAGCUAGAUUAUUCCCAGAAGAUAAAACUCACAUCAGCACCGCCAUUGCUGGCACCCUUUCUAACGAAUACUAUUCUUCUAAGCCCGAAUCUAACACACAAUCCUAUGGGAACAACAUGACAGAAAGUUGGGUUGAACCAAGAUGA